AUGGCCAACUUCUUCGACAACAAAGCCCGCGCCGCCGCCGCUGCAUCAAGUUCGAAACCCAAACCAACCGAGUCCGUCACGUUAGCACCCGCGCUGGUCCCCUGGGUAGAAAAGUACCGACCGAAAUCACUAGACGACGUUAAAAGUCAAGAACAUGCCACGGAGACACUGAGACGAAUGGUGCAUGCCGCCAAUCUACCCCAUUUGCUAUUAUUUGGGCCUCCGGGGACAGGCAAGACAUCUACAAUUCUGGCAUUGUGCAGGGAACUCUUCGGGCCAGAACUGAUGAAGACGCGGGUCAAAGAGAUGAACGCAUCGGACGAACGUGGAUUGACCGUGAUUCGAGAGAAAGUGAAACAAUUUGCUUCGCAGCAUCUUGUCAGCGCGCCAGUGUCGGCCGAAUACAGAGAGAAAUACCCGUGUCCUCCAUUCAAAGUGGUCAUUCUCGACGAAGCCGACGCACUAACAACAGACGCACAAUCCGCUCUCCGCCGCAUUAUCGAGAAUUACAGCAAAACGACGCGGUUCUGCUUAAUCGCAAACUUCGUGUCUCGAAUCAUUGCGCCCAUCGCCUCGCGAUGCUCGAAAUUUCGGUUCAAGUCGCUCGAGGGCCCGCAGGCAUCAGCAAGGAUCCAAGACAUUUUGAACGCCGAACACGUCGAGUAUGAAGACGGCGUGGUGGAGCGGUCUCUGCAGGUUUCGGAUGGCGAUCUAAGACGGGCUAUUACACUGUUACAGAGUGCGGCGCGGCUCGCGGGCGCCGUAAACUCAAACUCAUCGUCCGAUGGCCGCAAACCAAUCAAAAAACAACAGCGCGUCGCUGAGGACUCGGAUGACGAGAUGGAAGAUGUAGAUGCAGACACAUCAGCAGCAGCCGGACCGACCAAGUCAAGCAAGAUCAGGAUCGCAGACAUCAACGAGAUCGCCGGCCUCUUUCCCCCAGAUUCAACGGACAAACUCAUCACCGUCCUUAAAAAGGGCAGCACAACCAACUACAAGCGCAUAGCCGCCGAGGUCAAUGAUAUCACCGCUUCGGGCUAUGCUGCCAAUGAGGUGCUGUCCAGUUUAUAUUCCAAGAUCAUCUUCGACGAUCUCGUCGACACCAAGAAGAAGUACAAGCUCUCGCAGAUUUUCUCCGAGUUUGACAAGAGGCUCGUCGAUGGCGUCGAUGAGCAGCUUGCCAUGCUUGACAUGUCUUGUCAGAUUGCUGGUGUGUUGGCUACCUGA